UCUUUCUCCAGUUUAAAAACCCCCUCCAAAAUGAUAAACCACGUCAGAAACAUCAUUCAUUCUCUCUCUCUCUCUCUCUCUCCAAUGGUAAACAACCACAUGAGAAUGGACGCAGAAGAGGAAGCACUCUUCCGCUCCUACCCAUACGCGCUCUACUUCGUUCAAAGCCCAUCAACCGUGCUCUCCCACUCCAACACCGAUCUCCGACUCACCGCCGAACUAUCCCCGCCCAACUCCCCGCCCCGAGCCGAAAACCACUCCACCGCAAACCCGGCCCACGACACGCCCCGGUUCGCUCUCUCCCGGUACUCCUCCUCUCGCGGGUCCAACAACUCGUUCUUGCACGAGAAAAAGAUCGCGUACGACGUGCACAGCCAUGAGACAGCGGGGACCGAGAGCGGGGAGAACCGUCUGAUUGUUAGAGUUGAUCGUCAUGAUCAUAUUGGCUGUGGUGAUGAGUAUGAUGAUGAGGAGGAGGAGGAGGAGGAGGAGGAAGAGGAGGAGUAUUAUGGAAGAGAAUUGGGGUGGUGGUGGUGGUGGAGAUAUUAUUUGUCAUUUGGGGCUUCUUCUUCUUUGGCUUGGAUUUGUUUGCAAGUAAUGUGGAGGGUUUUGGUAAGCUUGGGGGUUGCUUUGGUUGUUUUCUACAUUGCUACAAAGCCUCCACCUCCCAAAAUGUUUGUGAAGAUAGCAGGAAUUCGAGAAUUUGCACUUGGAGAGGGAGUGGAUAGCUCUGGUGUUGCAACUAAAGUUCUCACCUGCAACUGUUCCAUUGAUCUAUUCGUAGAGAACAAGUCUAAGCUCUUUGGCCUUCACCUCCAUCCCCCAUCUAUGGAAAUGUCCUUUGCAACUCUUCCUCUGGCAAUUUCAUAUGGACCAAAGUUAUACGCGGGGAACGAUGGCUCAACAAUGUUUCGACUAUUUGUUGGCACAAGGAAUAAGCCAAUGUAUGGUGCAGGGGCAGUUAUGCAGGACACGCUAAUUGGGAAUGGGAAGGGGCUGCCCCUAGCUCUUCACCUCAGCUUCAGAUCAAAUUUCAGGGUAGUUUGGGGACUUUUUAAGCCUAGAUUUCAUCACAGGGCAGAGUGCUCGUUGGUUCUUGAUAGGGCAUAUGAUAAGAAACAUCACACCCAAGCGUAUAGCAGCAGCUGCAUAAUGAUCACUACCUAGUCAAAUGUUUCUUUUUUUUUUGGGUCUAAAAGAUGGGUUUGAACAAGUUUCUCAGAUUGUUUAAUUGAGGGGCAAAGAAGUAAUCUUUGCAAGCUGUUUUUGAGAUGGAAUGGAAAUAUUUAUCUAUCUCAA